CAGUACUUUAUUCUCAAACCUCGGAUGCGCAUGUUAGCUGAUGGCUUACCGCAUGUCAGCAUUGUGGGCGCUCUUGCGAAAGUUGACAUAGCCUACAGCACGUGCACAACAUUAUGGAGACCAAAGCGAAAGUGGCCAAAGUGGAGGAAUCCUCUAACGGUAUGGAAGUCGAUUCAGCAACUUCAAAUCAUAUGGAUGAGAGCAAGGAACCAUGUCAGAAGCAACCUUCGUCUACGACGCCGGAUUCCAAACCUUCUGCCUCUGAAAUGACAAGUGCUGAUUAUUAUUUUGAUUCCUACGCUCAUUUCGGAAUCCAUGAGGAAAUGAUCAAGGAUGAAGUACGCACAACAACAUAUCGCAAUGCAAUGUAUUACAACAGGCAUCUGUUUCGUGACAAAGUUGUUCUUGAUGUUGGCUGUGGCACUGGGAUUUUGUCCAUGUUUGCUGCCAAGGCUGGUGCAAAGCAUGUCUAUGCUGUUGAUUUCUCCUCUAUUAUCGACUAUUCCAAGCAAAUAAUCAAGGACAAUGAUUUUGAAGAAGUCAUCACCCUCAUCAAAGGCAAAAUUGAAGAAGUUGAGCUUCCCGUUGACAAGGUUGACAUCAUUAUCAGUGAAUGGAUGGGCUAUUGCCUUUUAUAUGAGUCAAUGUUGGACACUGUGUUAUUUGCCCGUGAUAAGUGGCUGAAACCUGGUGGGCUGUUGUUUCCGGACAAGGCGCAACUGUAUCUCUGUGCUAUUGAAGACAGGCAGUACAAAGAGGAUAAAAUUUAUUGGUGGGACAGAGUUUAUGGGUUUGACAUGAGCUGUAUCAGGAAAGUAGCCCUAACAGAACCUCUUGUGGAUGUUGUUGAGGCCAAACAAGUCGUCACUAAUUCUUGCUUAGUGAAGGUAAGUUUAGAAAAAGAUAUCUGUUAUUGUAAUACACAUAUAUGAAGUCCCUGUUCUACCCUUCCAUUACUUCAUUCAAAAACAAAGAAAGUGCUUAGCUUCACUUCACUUCACUUCACUUCACUUCGAAAAGCACUUCAGUUCAAUAUGAUAAUAACUGAAAGUAACAAACUGCAUUUCAGCAUCCUCAAAAUGUCAUGGUCAAGACUUUCAAAAUAUGAAGGCCUGAGUUUGUACGAACCUUGUUAAUCUGGUAACCAACAGGCCAAAAAAAUCUGGCUGUAUUAACGGGGUAGCCAUACUGUUCUUUAAAUAAGAAAAUGAUUGACUGAGCUUUUUGCCAUAAUAAAUGAGGUGGCCAUAUUAAUGGGGUGGCUGUAAAGUACAGUUCCAAUGUAUGUUUAAAUAUGUGUAAAAUAUAAGUUGAAGCAAAAUUAUUUAAGUGGCAAGACAAAGUGCCAAUAAUGGAGAAAACAUACAAAACAUAAAGAGUUGUUUGAAACUUGACAAUGACACCUUGACAAGGCUGUGGUCUAAGGAAAAUUGCAAGGAGCCCAAAGGUUCCUAACCAUGAAAUCCUGGGUGUCCACGACUUAAGCUUAUAUGAAAAAAGUUAGUUUUUCCAGUCACCCAAAGGCAAAAGUUAGUUACCCGUGGCAUCCGGGCACCUCUAGAACACAGCCCUGCCUUGAAGAUCCCAAAAUUUUUAUUACUUUCACUUAAAUAGCCUUUGUUUCUGAGAACCUCCAGGGGGAAUAC